CUACCCCCCUUUGAAAGGAGUUAAGUGAGUGCAGAAGGAUUUUCUGAGGGAUCUCACCAUGCAGAGUUCAAAGACAAGGAAUGGCCCUUCAGAUGCUCCACAGAGGACGUCUCCAGCAACUCCACGGUCGUCUCGUGUGGCGAAAACUGGAGGAAAUGAAACCGACUCCCCCGGGAUUACACCAACAAGAACGCCUACAGAGAGGAGCCCCAAGGUCACUGAGCGCCGUUCACCACGAAGCCCAAUUACUGAGAAGAAACGCCCAAGUCGGCUAAACGAGUUGGACUCUAAGGUCAGCCAGCUCCAAGAUGAACUGAAGAAGACCAAGGAACAGCUGACUGCAUCAGAGGCACGGAGGCGGCAUGCACAGCAGGAGGCUGAUGAAGCAAAGAAGCUGGAGCAGGAAGCUUCCUCGAAGCUAGCGGACUCGCAGCGCCAGUUUACCGAGUUAUCCGCCGCGGAGGAAUCUCGUCUCCAGGAGCUGCGCAAGAUACAGCAGGAGCGUGACCGUGCAUGGGAAUCUGAGAUCGAGGCUUUGCAGAAGCAGCAAUCAGUGGAUGCGGCUGCACUCAACUCAGCCAUGUCUGAGAUCCAGAGGCUGAAGCUGCAGCUAGAGGCCACAGUGCAGUCUGAUGCAGCCCAUGCCAAGCAAUGUGAGUACACAGACUCUGAACUUGAAGGGUUGAAGCAGGAGAUGGAGCUGCGGCUUGCAACAAUUGAAGGCCUGAAAGUGAAUGUCGGGGAAAGCGACAAGGCUGCAGCUGAUGCAAAUGCAAUGGCAACUGAGACGAAGCUGCAGCUGGAGACUGCAAAAGCCACCAUUGACUCACUCGUAGCAGAGGGUGCGCGGUUGCAGGAAUGCCUGAGGUCAAAGGAUAUAGAGCUCAGUGAGUCUAAAGCUCGGGUAGUCUCGCUCGAGGAAGAUCUGAAGAAGGUGCAAGCUGCAGGUAAUGAAUCUUUGAGUGAGGCACAGGCUGGCAAUGCCAAUGGCGGCUUUGGCAGUCCGCUGACUGAAGUUCUGAAGAGUGUCAAUGGAAGUCCUGACUUGGAGGUUGAACACUGGCGUACAGCGCUUGAGGUGGCUGAGAUGAGGUACCAGGAGGAGCAAACACGGAUGACCAUUGAGACAAAAACAGCCUAUGAGAUGCUGGAGAACAUGAAGUCAGAGUGCGCGCGCCAACUGUGUGAUAUGGAGCUCAAGCUAAAGAGCAAGAACGAGGAGCUGGUGGCAGCUUUAGCAGGCAAGGCGCAGGACCUUCACAGGUCAGAGGGGUUGAGCGAAAUGCAGCCAGAGCUGGAGGCCAAGCUGAUGAAGUCGAUCACCGACAUUGCUGAGCUCAAGGCGAACAUGAUGGACAAGGAGAACGCGCUGCAGAGCAUGGCGGAGGAAAACGAGACCCUCAAGUCUGAGGCGGGCAGGAAGGAGGCCGACGUGCAGCAGAGGUACGAGGCGGCGGUGGCGGAGCUGGAGCUCGCCAAGGCGGCGGAGCAGGACCGGUGUGCUGCGGAGGAUGAGCGGGCUGUGGAAGAAAGGCCCCAAGUGAAGACCCUGGGACUGGUCAACAUCAGUGAGCUACCAAGGCCAGCGCCUCCUACAAAGUGGGAGGCUUUCGCAAAGCAGAAAGGCAUUGUCAACCGCAAGAAGAACAAGCGUACAUGGGAUGAGCAAACCAAUUCGUGGAAGCGGAAUUAUGGCUAUGAUCGCGUUAAUGACGACAGAGACAUUCCCAUUAUUGAAGCCAAAAUGACAGAUGAACCAGGUGUUGAUCCAUUUGCUAAAAGAAGGGAAGAGAAGAAGGGCAGGGUUGAUAAGCAAGAAAAGAACAGACUUGGUAAUCUAAAGAAUGCCGCAAAAGUUGGUGCUCUGCCAAGUCAUAUACAGCUUGCUGCCACAGCCAUUCCGAUCACAGGAACUAAAGCUGAUCUGCCUAGAAAAUCUAAAAAGGAAGACGUUGAGAAUGUUGCUGGUAUGGCUUCUUCAGCAACAGCUAGUGGUGGAAAGUUUGACAAGAAGUUGCCGGGCGAGAAACCUCUUAAGAAAACUGGCAAACAUAGAAAGUUCCUCCCUGUGGCUGAAGGGAAAGGAAUGGGCAACCUGGAGAAGCAGCAAAACGACAAAAUCUUGAACAGCCUACUAGCCAAGAACUUCGAGGAACCGUUGGAUGUCAGCAAGGCAAUCACGAUGUACAAGGUGAAGAAGGACAACAACAGAAGAAAAGACAAGAAGUCCUCAUCUGGAUCAGAUAAGUUGAAGCCUGGGAAGAAAAUCCACAAGAAAUCUUCAAAGAAGAGCGCUUAGGUCCACACCAUCCUUGAGAACGUGUUGUAGGAGGCGAUUUUGUAUGGUUACUACUGCCCUAUUUAAGUUCAUGGGAGAGAUACUGUUAUUGCAGAUGUUAGUUGUGACAAAAGAAAGUGAAUGUUGCUAUGGCAAUGCUUCACAGAUAAUGAGGUGCACGCAUUAUAUAUUUAUCACAAGUUUGGGAAAUGUUUCUGGAAAGCCUG